UAUUGUAAGUUUGUUACUGUCAUCAAUUCAAGAUGCCACUUCUCCCCAGUAAUAAAUUCAACACAAAGAAGACGCCGCCCCGGCGAUCGCUGUCACUCAACAACCUCAACAAGCUUGAGAGUUCCAUCCGGGAGGAGGAGUAUGGAGCGGACUAUGGUCAACCUGCUAUGCGCAUCGCGGGCCAAGUCAUUAAAUUUGACUCUGAAAACGGCAUCUGGAUAUCAGAAACGUCGGGCAGCAGUGGCGGCGUCAGUCAGAGGGAAUUCAUCAAACUACGCAAGCAGAAUGAGUCACUAGCCGAGGAGAAUAACCUGCUCAAGCUGAAGAUAGAAAUGCUGCUGGACAUGCUGGCUGAGACCACUGCCGAGAAGCAGGUGUUGGAACGAGACGUGGGACAGUACGGAUCUAGAAGCCAAAAGUCAAGCAGGAAGAGAUGAUAUCCUCGAUUUGAGAACAAGGACUACAGACCAUUAUCAUGUAGCAGCCAUUUGGAGUUUCCCAUUCAAAUCAACGUAACCAAAGCGAGGCUGGACGGAAAAAUAGUCUGGGUCCUUUUUGUACAAAAAACAUUAUCACUCAGUACUGUUAUUGGAUACAGGGAACAUGACUGAAAUGGUGGCAGCAUACAACUCAACCAGGCCAAUCGUGAAUGCUUAACUGGCCUAUGCACACUACGAGAAUAAACUCAUCACUAGGUUGUUGUAGUACUACUACAUGUACUUCAGUAGUAUUCAUGUGCUAUUAGUACUUUAAAUGCUUAAACCUAAAGUUUUUGCAAUUUAAUUGGCCGAGAGGGAGUCACAUGGCAUUUGCUAUUUUUACUAUCUUGCUAGCUGUGCACAGCCAAAAGAUUAUAAAACGUCUGCCUCGGUCUGAAACAAGUACUAUUCGCAUUGACACCAACGUAGCAACCAGAGGUCAGUGUGCACAUGCAUACGGUGGCGCGUAUUGUUUCCACGCACUAGAAAGUUUGGCUCACUAAAAACUUGACAGGAGGUUCUUAAUGAGGACUACUUUCAGAAAAUAGAUGAGUUUGGUGACAGUACUGAAAUGUUUAAUAAAGAUGCGCGACCGUUCAGGUCACUGCAGUGUACACAAUCAAUCAGGUCCAUAGACGUCCUCACACAAAAAUGGAUAUCAUGAAUUAUUCUGUAAAUUACACACCAAUAUUGAGAUAGCUAGUAAGAAGGUACCUCAGGGAAAAGCUGUGCUGUCGAUAAAUACUCAAUCAGUAAAAACGAUCCAAAUUUGGAGGAAAAGUGAGUGUGACAUCCACACAACUUUGUCGUUGUAUUCACACAUUGCAAAGGGUAUACGUGUAUAGCAUCUGAGAAUAACACGUAAUACAGACCACUGUAUUGUGUAUAUCACACUGUUAUUGCCAUUGAUCGACCAAUCAGGAUCAAGUAGUCGAGUUUGCUUGACGACAAAGUGCGUUCACUUAAAGGUGCUCAUUCCUGAUAGUUUGAAAUUGCUGUAUGAAAACAAUUCUUGUAUAAAAUAUGUAAAUAAACAAUUUGUAGAGACAGUUGUAAAUAAAAUUUGUUGAAACAUA